UUCACUCGCAAACAGAUACAGGAGCCUAGUAUCUAGCCACUGUAAACAUGAAAUCAAACGAAUUGAUUCUAUAUAAAUUCCUCCAUGUCCCUGCCACUGGUCGUGAGAUUUUCUCCACCACGCUGAACUCAGAGCUUCAACCUCAACCUCGACGCCGACAAUCAGCACCGAAAAUGAAAACAUACGCCGAUCCUGCUUUGGACCAUGAUCCCGAAGAGAUCAUAAAUGCAUAUCCUUACGAGGAGAUGUAUGGGGACUUCUUCUCGGGUGAGUUCAACCCUCACACCAGAAACAUCUUCACUGGUGCUAUCGAGAACCGCGGGCACCACUCGAGCUCCGGUGAAGGUGCCAAGAAAAAGUCGAGUUUUCUUGGUACCAGACCGCUCCUUGUAUUCUGUAUGGAAUACAUAGACGACGUAAACAGGGGCCGCUGUCGCUGCGGUCAAGUGUAUACGUUGAAGUCGCCUGGUGGCUGCGGAGGCGACCACGCGAAGACCGCCAUAUCGGAGGUCUUCAAGAAGCUGGCACGAAACCAGCGCGUGGUAUGGGGAGACCUCCGGGACCAGAAAAUAAUUCCCCCUCUUCCUCCUACCGAGCAGGAGAUUCACGAGCAGCGUCGACAAGAAGCGCUGCAGGCCUUCCGCCCAUGGGAGGCUAUGAAAGCUUUGAGCAAACAGGAGGCCCAAGAGGCCAAGACGAAGAAGCAGCAGCUCCAAGCUGCACAGCAACAAGCCCGGACAAAGAGCAAAACCGCCAAGACAAAACUGAUCGAGUCGACGGCUCCAGUGGAUCCUAAACUUGCGGCGCUGGAGGCGAAGCGGGCUGGGGCUAAGAUCAAGAAGGGGGGUCAGCGAGGGUUCACUGCCACCAGCAAGUUCAGAGCACAAAACAACAAUAACCUGUGA